CCCGUCCGUCCGUCCGUCCGUCCGCCCGCUCUGGCGAUGCCCGGCGGCCGCCGCCGCUCCCGUUCACUGGGCCCCGCCGAGUCCCGGCGGCGGGACCGGGGCCGCCUGAUGCUGGCUCUCGGCGCCGCGCAGAUGGCGCUCGGAUGCCUGAUCGUCGCCGUCAGCUUCGCCGCUCUGGCGCUCACCUCCUCGGCCCGGGUCCGGCACUCAUGCCCCUUCUGGGCCGGAUUCUCGGUGCUCCUGUCAGGGUUAAUUGGUGUUGUUUCCUGGAAAAGACCCAUCUCCCUUGUGAUCACUUUCUUCAUGCUGCUUUCAGCUGUAUGUGUGAUGCUUAACCUGGCUGGCUCCAUCCUUUCCUGUCAGAAUGCUCAGAUGGUGACCUCCCUCCAGUAUUGUCAGCUGUAUAAGUUUGACGGUGAUGGGGUGUGUGUUUGCUGCGAGAUUCAGGAGGAGGCAAAAGGCUGCAGCACCCUCAGUGAAACACUGAAACUUAACCCAGUCCAAGAGUGUAGCAUGGUGCGCCUGGCUUUAAAGGAUCUUUUAUUCAGCAUCUGUGCAUUGAACGUCAUCUCUACCAUUGUAUGUGCCCUGGCUACUGCAAUGUGCUGCAUGCAGAUGGUCACAGCUGAUAUUAUGCAGAUGCUUAUUCCACAGAGACUGAGAGCUGCGAACCCUGAGUGCGAGUCACCCCAUGGUACAGACCUGCAGCAACCACUGGAUUUUGACGAGUUCAUCCCUCCUAUGCCACCUCCUCCAUACUAUCCUCCAGAGUACACCUGUAGCCCAGGAGUCGAGACCCAGAGAAGCCUGCACCUGGACUUCCCACACUCACCCUUCAGCACCAUGUACAGUGUGGCCAUUAACAGCCCCAGCAGCCUCUAUCCUGCAGAAUUACCUCCCCCAUAUGAAGCUGUGGUUGGACAACCUCCCACUAGUCAGGUGAACAUGCUGGAUCAUCAAAGCUCAGAGCCUUCACAGAACUCCAGUUCCAGUCUGUGUGAUAGGAAUAUCUCAGCAGCCUUCAGUACACAAGUGUUUGUGGACAAUGCCUCACUGACAUUGUGUGAACCUGCUGAUGCCCCAGGACACAAUGGCUCAUCCGGGGAUUGCUGCUCGCUUGAUGUUCAGGAAUCUGUGCACUCUGCCGACAGUGCAAUACCUGCCACUGCCACAGACCAUGGUUGCACCAGUUUAGAGGCUGAUGUCCGGUGGAGACACAGGACCUAUUCAGAGAAUUCCCGUGAGGAAGGAAGCAGGUCACCAGCUCUAUCGCAGGGUUCUGUGGAAUGGCGAGAGCACAGAUUGUCAGAGUGUCCAGUAUUGAGUGCAAGCACAGUGAGGAAAAAGCCCCAUACACCAGCCCAGGCAAACUCUGCAUCGCUCAAACAAAUUAAAAUGUGCUGUGGAGUCUUCAGGCAGUCCACCAUGUCUGACGGAGUCAGGCUACCAGCUCGAAGAAAAACUGGUGGGAACAGAAUAAUCCGAUCCAGCAGCGAUCCUGCCACCUGCACUUCUACAGAAGCUCCCUAUCUCGAGCUUCGUUCUGUUGCUUCCAGCCGUUUUGCCAAACGUUUCCAGCCUAUCAAGCAGCAGCGUGACAUAGGGAUGGUGGAUGGGCACCUAAAGCAGCAGGUACCUCGGGGAAUCUCCAGCGAACGACCACAUUCUCUUGUUGACCUGAAAACCUACAAGGACACAAAAAUAUUGGUCGCUAAAUUCUUGCAGCAUUCAAGUUGCAACCUUGCUCCUGAGGUACAACAUGUGGUCAAUAACAUCAGGUCUGUCAUCAAGUCAGAUGAGCGACACAUGGAGGAAGCUAUUUACAGUGCCAGCGUCAUUGACCAGGUGAUGACAAGUUCUCACCAUCCGGUGAAUAUGUUGAGAAUGCGGUUACAGGAAGACCUAUACCUCCAGAGCUGUGGCGAUCUCAGCUCCCCAUCAGCCUCAGUGCGGACUCUCCGAGUGGGCUAUAGCUUUGAAUGCGAGCGGCCACACAGUUUGAUCGGUGUGUGCAGAGAGACCGUUCUAUGAACCGCGCUGUGGAUUGUGCUAGUCAACAUUAACAAAUCAUGGACGAGGGAGGAAGAAACAGAUUAGUCGGCACUCAAACCCAGAGCCAGAGAUCAACUUUUCUGUGUAUGAACAUAGGAAAAGGAGACCGGGCUCUUUCAGCAUGAGCUGUAUGAUUGUGACAACUGGAUGCUGUUUGCAAACGUUGGAUGAAUCUUUGCUCUGACUGUUUUCUACAGUGGGACCAUUUGCAGUGUUUUGAUAUAAGUAUUUAUAAUUUAUUAUUGCUGACUGGUUCUGGCUUAAGUAUGUGGGUGAAGAUGAUUCUGUUGUUUGUGUCUGUGUUACUGAGUAACACUAAGCCUGCAUGGUACCUUGCAGCAGCCCUACCACUCUGUUCUUCAAUUGUUUGAGGACCAUUUAGUGAAAUGUGAGAGAGGGAGAGCUGGCAAGGCAGGCUGAAACAGAGUUGCUAUUAAACUGUAACCAGCAGCCCUUCAAUAGCACACUAUUCUCUUCAAAGUGCAUGUUGAACAGUUGUGCCUGUGAUUUUGUUUGUGUGCCAAAACUCUCAAAGAGUUUAACCAAUCAGCUCCGGGAGAAAAAUAAACCAAUGGCUCUCACGACCCAGGGAGUUGACCAUAGCUAUAAUCAUCUGCCCUUUGGCCUGUCCUGGCUCUCUGCUAAAUCAUCCUUCCAUUUGUGAAAGUGGAGCUUUGGGACUUUACCCCAGUAACAGACUGAUGACUAGGUGUCCAGAAUCACAAAUGGAACAAAAUACCAGCAUAGUGAUUGUAACUCAUCGCUGGAUAACUGAGCAAUAUUGUUUUCUCCUGAGUUGCAAGAUGUAUUAAUAUAUUUUAACAUUAUAGAGAAAAGAAAUAUAAAAUAGCCUCGAGAUAUUCACCUGACAGUGAACAAAAGGAAGCAAAGUCUGAUAUGAGGGAGCGCAGGCCGUGGUUUGGAUUUUGGAUGCUCAACGCUCAGCAUCAAAGUGCAGAAUCAGGGGUAUCGGAGUUUGACUGAAAUAUUAAAUGACCAUAUUUAUUUUUCUGUAUUUUCUUUUUAAAUUGGUUUGAAUCCUGUGGAUUAAAGAUGAACUUUUUGUAUAAUUCCAAAAAAUAAAUUUAGUGCCGUUAA